AUGUCACCAGAGGCCUCGUUGCCCUUUGGUGUCUUCUCUCCUCCGCAAAAUUCCUACGAAUGGAAGAGAGCCCUGGCCGAUGUGAAAUGGCUAUGUUUCAACCAGCAAUACAAACAAUGUGCCUUGCGUUGCAACCAGCUCAUAGACACCGCGUCUAGUCCGCUCCAUCCGAUCCGUGCGACCUACCUCCACUAUUAUGCAGCCACCUCAUAUGAGUAUAUGGGACGAGCAGCUCACAUCUUUUCAGCUGUCAAAGUCCCGCUUCUGACUUCUGCUAUGGAGCGGUUUCAGACUGCCUACGAGUCUUUGCCAGCUACUAUCCCGCCGCCGGUUCUGAAUCCCAACCAGACAUACUCGCCAGUUACCUUUCUUCAUUCACCCGACUCGUCUCCUCGGUCUUCUUUGACCACUGUCGUGUGGAGCCCCGCACUUUCGCCGGGCCAUGGUGUCCCUCCUAGUUCUAGUCCUCGUCCAAAUGCUGAAGCUUUGUCAGUUCAGAAUCUAUCAGCUCAUAAUGCUAGGCUGGCUCACACUCCUCCUUCGCCUGUCCCUUCUCCCUCUCCCUCUUCCCACUCGUCUAUUACCACUGCGUUCUGUGUCACACCGCCUCCUAGUGCUCGAGAAGCCUCGCGUCUUGACUACGACGCUCCUCCCCCAGUUUUUCAUAUCCCGCGUCCGACCCGUGAGCCCCCUCCUCCACCACGCAGCGUUCCUGCUCGCCCAGCUCCGAGAGACCAAUUAGUCUCUUUCAAUAGUUCCAGAGAUGGGCUUCCCAACGGGGGAUCUAUCGUCCGAAAUAUCGCCCGGAUGAUUGAUAACUCUAUUAUCGCGGGAGCCGACGACCCUUUUGUGACACGCGCGCCGCCAAAACUUGCUCCAAAGCGGCCACCAGUGCGUCUGUCUCCGAUCAGGUUCCCAGCUGGACUUGAAGAUCCAGCAAAGCGUAGCGAGCUCAUUCCAUCCCCACUUUCAAUCCGGAAGAGCUCCGGCGAGGUGCACAUGUGCAUCAGUUCUGCAAUGGUAAUAUGCGGAGGUUCAGAGCAAGAGACGUCCAAGACUGAGGUGAAUCGACCCGUCCGAGCUCGCCCUCCCCGACUACCCUUGAAGAUAAUCCCAUCCGGAGGUCUGAAUACUAACACAGAGGAGACGAGCUCUUCAUUCAUAGCACCGCAGCCAAAGCGUCCGAGUCCCCUCCUCCCUUCGCCCAUGACCAUGCCUCCACCGACGCCCACCCCCGUUAUGAGAAAGAAGAUCCCCUCCCUCAGUUCGCCCUUCGCCAGCUGCGCAGGCUCGCCAGAGCAGAAAAGCACUAAGUCACCCUCUUUGCGGUCUAGAAAGCCUUCCACCGCACCUGUCAGCGCCGAGCGGGCCGCCCAGAUCAAUCAGUUCAACAACGCCGUUAAGUGGCUCCGUGAGCACAUUCCCGCCGAUGUGACCGGGCUCCGCAAACAGAUCAAGCACGUUUCGGACCUGCAGCAGGCCCGUCGCUCUCGCAACACAACUAUGGCCCGCUCUGCCUCUUUCUGGACUUUUUCUCCCGUUAAGUCUAACCCCGAUUCCGGUGAACCUGACGAACCUCCUGUGAUUGAGGGGCCUAAUAUCGAUGAGUAUGGAAAUCUUAUUCGGGUUGAGACUAAGGCGCAGCGCAUUAAGCGGCUCAGGGAAGAGGAUUGGAGGAUUGUUGCUUUGGCAGAGCUUGGUGAGACAGGUUAUGGAUCUCGUGAAUGGCUGCAGCGGUGA